UAUCUGUGGCUAUUCACAUUCGGUGAUUCCAUAAUUUUAAUUAAAUCGUACUACCACACCAAAUAUCUCCCACUUACAUGUAUUUAAAGUGUGUUUUAGGAAGCAAAGUACCUUAGAAAUAUUUCAUAUUGUUUCUUUUCAUUCUGCGGUAACAAAUACAAUACUGCCAUCAGGUUAUUAUGUUACUCAACAAAACCAGGCUGGUGGGUUUCACUAAUAGAUCUCGCAAGGGCAAUAUGGACGGUAACUCCACGUCAGACAUAGUGAUCUUGAGCGGCAACUCGCACCCUGAACUUGCGGAAUCAAUCGCUCAUCGUCUGGGAGUAAGAAAAGGAGGAUGUUCUGUAUAUCAUAAGACCAAUAGGGAAACUAUUGUUGAAAUUGCAGAUUCUAUUCGUGGAAAGAAUAUUUAUAUAGUACAGACUGGUACUAAAGAUGUAAAUAACAACAUAAUGGAACUAUUGAUAAUGGCAUAUGCUUGUAAGACUUCAUCAGCUAGGUCUAUUGUAGGUGUGAUACCGUACCUACCAUACAGCAAACAGUGUAAAAUGAGGAAGCGUGGAUGUAUUGUCACUAAACUUCUUGCCAAAAUGAUGUGCAAGUCUGGCCUGACACAUAUCAUCACUAUGGAUCUACACCAGAAAGAAAUCCAAGGUUUCUACGAGUGCCCAGUUGAUAAUUUAAGGGCUUCACCAUUUUUACUGCAAUACAUUCAAGAAAGUAUUCCAGAUUAUCGGAAUUCAGUAAUAGUGGCGCGCAACCCUGGCUCUGCUAAGAAGGCUACGUCAUACGCUGAGCGUUUACGAUUAGCUAUCGCGGUGAUUCACGGCGAACAGAAGGAAGCUGAAAGUGAUGAAGUAGAUGGACGUUACUCACCACCUUGUUUACCGAACCGAUCCCGCACCAUGGAUGUGUCCGUGGGUGUGCCGGUACACCCGGCAAAAGAGAAGCCGCCAAUAAAUGUUGUUGGAGACGUAGGCGGGAGAAUAGCUAUUAUGGUGGAUGACAUGAUAGACGACGUCCAAUCAUUUGUAGCUGCGGCAGAAGUUUUAAAGGAAUGUGGAGCUUACAAAAUUUACGUGCUUGCGACUCACGGCCUACUCUCGUCUGAUGCGCCCCGCCUCAUUGAAGAAUCGCCCAUCGACGAAGUGGUCGUCACAAACACGGUGCCCCACGAGUUACAGAAGAUGCAGUGCAACAAGAUCAAGACCAUAGACAUAUCCGUCCUCCUUAGUGAGGCCAUCCGGCGCAUCCACAACAAAGAGUCCAUGUCAUACCUCUUCAAAAAUGUCACCCUCGAAGAUUAAUACCUGUAUUGCUUUCCAUGUUUUAAUCUUAAGUAUUAAUUAAGUAUUAUGUUCUUAUUUGAGUUUUAUAAUCAUUGAAUUUCUAUACUGUCCAUUGUAAAAGUAUUUAACAUCUGUUAGUGACUGUAUUACAUACCAGCCUUUUAAGCAAGUUUCUCAGUGAUUAUAAAGGUCUUAUGUGGAAUGGUUUAUAAUUCCUCGUUUUGUGUAUUAUUUUGUGUAUUCUUAUUUUUUUAAGUUGCUUCUAUUAUUUACUUUUUAUUAUUGUAAUCAAAUUGUUUACCCAAAUAUCUGAACAAAUCAAAAUAUAUCUUUUGUAUGUAUAUAUCCAUAUUCAGGUGCACAUUAAACGAGAUAUUUGGCUACAAAUAGCCUUGUCAACAUUAGUUUUGAACUGCUUCUUUUAUUCUACAUUUGUUUAUAUAAUUUUGCAUUUUAUCCUUAUUGUUUGUUUAUUUAAUUAGUGUUCUGUACCAAAAAUAAAGGACACGCAUAAGGGCACAUACAAAAUUGAAUUUAAAAUGUAUCAUAGCUUUAGGAAGGUUUUUGUUGUAAGUUGUGGAGGUAAUUAUUUUAGUCGUGUUAAGUAUUAAAUGUAUAUUCAAAGAUGACGAAUCCAAGUGUACAUUUAUUUGAAACGAGCUUUUUCAUAUGAUUCUAUGGUGUGCUAUAAAAAUAAUUUAACGCCUCAUUUACUACACAAACAUUGCAGAAACUAUCUAAUAUAAAAAUAGGUUGCUAAUCUAAUCAGUUUACAUCUCCAUAAAUUCAUACUCGAUUACAUAUAAAAAUAACACCUACACACCUCGUUACCAGAAGUGCGUUAUACUGAAAAUUAAUCCCUGCUUUUUUUAGAUAAUCUGUUUACUUUUAGGUGUCCGUCAACUCUGUUAAGACAUACAUCCUGCUCAUAUUUACAAUAUUUUGCAGUGUAUAAUUAUUAUUAUUCUGGUGUUAAAAUGGUCUUGUUAUAGAACUACACGACUUUCGUUAGGCCAAGCUCUAGAUUAUAAUGAGUGUAUGAGUAUACCUAUGAAGUAGAUAAUUACAAUUGUUUAAAGAUUUGCCUUGCUGGUUUAUAGACUGAUAAAUUUAUAUUUUUGUUCCGAAUAUUUGCAAUAUAUUUUAUAUACCUUAAUGUCGAAAAGUUGCCUAUUUAAAAGUGAAGUUGAUUAUGCAAUAAUAUAGUAUAUUGGUGAUUCGAAGAACAUUUCCUUCCGAGAGUCUAUAUUUUUUCUUAAAAUAUUUGUGGAUACUAUAAACAUAACCAGUAAUAUUUGUAGUUUUAUGAAUGGUUGUUAGAUGAAUACCUGUAAUACAGUUUAUCCAGGUAAACAAGAAUCUAAAGAGUACACAACACGCCUGAUCUUCGAACAAAGUUCGUGGGAUCAAGUACUCUUUUUCACCCUGUAUGCCAUUUGGUUGGCUGUAUCUGGAUAAAUUGUAAUAUGCAAAAUAAACAUUAUGACUGUGAGAAUUAAUAGUAAAUAUAAAUAUAUUAAUUUUAUAGUUAAGAAAACGCCGUAAUAUGUGUACUAAAUAUAGACUAUAUAAAUAAAUUAAAAUGUG